AUGGCCGUCCGCCGCGGGGCGUUCGCGCUGGUUGCCCUGUGCGCGGUGCUCGCGCUCGCCGUGGAGGGCGCCGUCGCGAAGAGGCCCCUCGUGCCGGCGAUGUUCGUGUUCGGGGACUCCCUGGUGGACGUCGGCAACAACAACCGCCUGGACAGGUGCAACGUCAGCUGCAAGGCCAACCACCGGCCCUACGGCGUCGACUACCCCUGCCACUCGCCCAGCGGCCGGUUCAGCAACGGCUACAACCUGGCCGACCAGCUAGCUCAACAGCUGGGCUUCGCCGCGAGCCCGCCGCCUUUCCUGUACCUGUCGAACGCGAGCGCCAUCCGGCGGAUAAGCACGGGCAUCAACUUCGCGUCAGGAGGCUCGGGGCUCCUCCCGACAACCGGGAACAAAGCGUGUGUCGAGGUGGUUCCCAUGUCCGAGCAGGUCGGGAACUUCACGAGCCUCGUUCGAAGGUGGUCUGCUGGAAGCGGAGGCCGGACGGCGCCUGAUGUCAUCUCCAAGUCCCUCGUCUUCAUCAGCGUCGGCAGCAACGACCUGUUCGAGUACGCCGAUCAUUAUAUUACAGAAGCUAACAUCAGUAGCCCAAGCCGUAACGACACCGCGUUCCUGCAAGAGCUAAUUGCCUCUUACACGAGCUACGUCAAGGACCUGCACGCCGCCGGGGCGAGGAAAUUCAGCGUGCUGAGCCCGUCCCUGGUCGGCUGCUGCCCGUUCCAGAGGAAGGUCGCCAAGGACUACGGGGACGUGGACCAGCUCGGCUGCCUCGGCACGGCGAACAACCUCUCCCGGCAGCUCCACCCCAUGGUCGCCUCCAUGCUGCAGGGCCUCAGCCAGGAGCUGCCCGGCAUGAGCUACUCCCUCGGCGACGCCAUCGGGAUGGCCGGAUGGGUCUUCACCAACACCAACUUCACGGCCGACCGCGCGUGCUGCGGCGCCGGGGAUUUCGGCGCGAGCCUGUGCAACAGCUCGGUCCCCCUGUGCCCGGACCGGAGCGGCUACUUCUUCUGGGACAGGUACCACCCCACCGAGGCGGCGUCGGCGAUCACCGCGAAGGCGCUCUUCGGCGGCGCCGCCGGGCCCGGGCGCUUCGUCAGCCCGGUCAACGUGCAGCAGCUGGUGGCGCCGCGGCCAUGAGGACCACACAUUUGGUUGUGGAAUGCGCCACUGUAAUACAACUACUAAUAAGUGGCGGUGUGGGUGUGACAAACAGAAG